AUGGCCCGGGCUCUAGCCCUUCCGUCCGUAGAGAUAAAGGAUGUGUGGGUCGACUUGUGCGGCCCCGAAAUCGCGUUUUUGCUUCUUCCCCAGCCUAACUCAUGUUGUUGUUUUCGCUUUUGCCCGUCGUGGUAUAUUAGAUCGGGCUUAUCUCCGGUGGCCGUUCUUGCUUCUUUGUCUGGUCCGCGAUGGGCUAGCUUGGAAGAGGCACCCAUCCAGGAAAUGAUCCCUGGCACCGGGAAAAGCGAUAGUACAUCGGCCUCUGCGACAUGUGGCCUGUAUCCUGCAGAGGAUACACCAAAGGCCUUGUUCCGUUUGAGCAAAUCAUUCUUUUUACGCGUCGUCGUCGAGUGGUACCUGCAGGAAGACAAUGGGGGAAAUUGGACCAAAACAGUCCCGUUCGAUUUCGAACCACAUCAUAUCAUCUCAAGCCACGGCUUUCGCAACUUCACCGCGAUGGCAUCCCCUCUCUUCCACGGGGGUGUCUAUAUUCACUAUGACCGCACUGACGCUUUGCGCAGCGGGGUGGGCGAGCUCCUCGCGGUGUCGGAGUGUCUCCAUGCUGCGUCACAGGAGCUUGCAAGGCACGCCGACUCCCCAAUGCUCGCCGGAAAGACGGUUGUUGUUCGCAUCUUCAACGAUAACCGCAGCAACCUAGAGUUUCUACAAGGGACACGAUCCAUCAGCGCCAGCCUUUUUGCCACGGCCGCCCCCGUGCUGCGAUCAAUCGUCCAGCAAUCCCACGCCAUCCACCACCACAGCGUCGACGUCCGUCUAGAGCUCCACUGGAUCCCCGGCCACCACCGCACCGUCAAGCCGCACGCGCUUACGGACCAACUCGCCCGGACAGCGCGGAAAUCGCGGCGGGCGCUCACCACAAUCCCUCCGCGAUACUGGGUCGGCCCGGAGGAAGGGCCCAUGUUCCGGUCGCUCAAGGCAGAGCUGUACCGGGCGUCGAGGACGGCGUUGUGGUACACGCCCGACGUUUGGAAGCGCUUCUUUCGCUGGCCGUGCCCGCCUCCGGUCCUUCCGGACCCCCGGGCUCUGUCUUGA